UAGCACGUGACUUCAAGAGCCCCUGUGUCAAAGCCGUUUCAAAAAGUUUUCCUAUUUCACCACCAAAUGAUACCGAAAACUUCCUUUUUUGUCGUCCUUCUGUCAGGAAACAAUACACCAAUUCUUAGGAAACACUGGAAAUCAGCUCUCUCCACGUGCAACACUUGAAAAGAAAACGCUUCCAGCGAUGAACGGAGGGAAAUAAAGUAGAGUCCUUAUUAUUUUCUGCUGCUGUUGCCUUAAAACGGUUUCUUGGGAUGGCGAGAACUGCUGACCUUAGAGGUGAUGGAGAUGGCCAUGGGGAGCCGGUGGCUCGUUUCCAGAGUUACCUGCACGGAGGAACCUCCAGCUUGGUGUCGACACUCCCCACUGUUAUCGUCUUCCCAGUCUAUAAGACUGUUUUCCGUCAACAAAUCCACAACACCCCAGUUCACCAGGCAGUGGGACAGCUGUACAAGGAGGGACCUGUGAAGCUGUACAGGGGCGUGGUUCCACCACUUCUCAUGAGGACACUGAAUGGGACCCUUCUCUUUGGCCUCCAAGACUCCAUUCAUCAUCAACUGUCCUUGUCUUCCCAAAAUGUUGUCUCUGCCUCGGCCCUGCCCGCUCUGGCUGGGUUUGGCGCCGGUAUAGUAGAAGCUGUGGUGUUCACUCCCUUCGAACGUGUUCAAAAUGUGCUACAAAAUGGUCAGAAUGACCGCCAGUUGCCCUCCUUGAAGAGUGUCCUUGUUAAGCUGAAAGCACAGAGGAUGUCUUCUGGUUUCUACAGAGCCUUCCUGCCCAUCACGGUCCGCAACGCACUCGGCAGCUCCCUGUACUUCGGCCUGAAGGGCCCCGUGUGUGCAGUCGUGGCGGGGCAGGGACUCUCUCCGGUGGCCUCCUCCUUCGUCUCCGGGACGCUGACCUCAAUGGCGAUCAGCCUGGCUCUGUACCCGCUCUCCGUGCUGGUGGCGAACAUGCAGGCACAGGUGGGGGCGGAGAAGAAAGGGGUCUGGCUUUGCUGGAAGGAUCUGUGGAGGUCCCGAGGCCGGAGCGUAGCUCUCCUGUACCGAGGAGGCUCCCUGGUUAUUCUGAGAUCUUGUAUCACAUGGGGAAUCACCACCGCGAUUUAUGACUUACAGAAGAAAUCAUCAGACUAAGCAGACACUGAAUGGUUACAGUGUUAUCUCCUAAUGGUUACAUGCUGCUGCAUGUUUAUGCUGUUUUGAUGGCUAUCAGGAUGGUAAAGCAAGAGGAGCACAUAGUUUACCCGUAGCAUUAG